CGGCAGUAUAGAGCAGAAAGCCGCAUUUUAGUGAUCGCUCUGUCAGUCAGACGCGAAUGCGUCGUCCUACGAGCAACAUUUAAUUUUCACGAACGGACACUUAAAAAAAAUCUUGAACUACUCCCUUGAAAAAAAUUUACUUUAAUUGUCCUUGUCCACUUAACAGUUUAUUGUCCACGAGCAAAAUAUGGAAAAUAUCGCGGUUCAAAGUGACAUUCCGUACUCGGAGAAUGGAGAUAAAAAACUUGAUGAGCUUUUGCUCCAACCUUUCUCCUACAUUCAACAAGUUCCUGGAAAACAAAUACGCGCUAAACUUGCACAUGCCAUGAACCACUGGCUGAAAAUACCAAUGGAAAAGUUGCAAGCGAUUGACGAUAUAACCCAGAUGCUUCACAACUCUAGUUUACUUAUAGACGAUAUCCAGGAUAACUCAAUUCUUCGUCGAGGUAUUCCUGUAGCUCAUGCUAUUUAUGGAGUCGCUCGUACGAUUUCAGCGGCGAAUUACGUUAUGUUUAUUGCACUAGAACGAGUUGUAGCCCUAAAUCAUCCACAGGCUACGCAAGUUUACACUGAACAACUUCUGGAACUUCACAGAGGACAAGGAAUUGAAAUUUACUGGCGUGACAAUUAUGUCUGUCCAACCGAAUCAGAAUAUAGAUUCAUGACAAUGAAAAAAACUGGUGGAUUGUUUAAUCUGGCUGUGAGACUUAUGCAACUCUUUUCUGACUGCAAACAAGAAUUUACCAACAUAGCUGGCAUUCUUGGAUUAUAUUUUCAAAUUAGAGACGAUUAUUGUAAUCUCUGUUUGCAAGAGUACUCUGAAAACAAGAGCUAUUGCGAAGAUCUCUCAGAGGGUAAAUUUAGUUUUCCAAUAAUUCACGCGAUUCAGAGUCAACCAGAGGACAAACAAGUUAUGAAUAUUCUGCGACAACGAACAACGGACGUGAAUGUGAAGAAAUACUGCAUAACAUUAUUGGAAAAAUUCGGGUCCUUCGCCUACACGAGAUCGGUAUUGGAAGAGCUCGAUAAGUCAGCACGAGAGGAGAUUGAACGGUUGGGUGGGAAUCCAAAGUUGACAGCAUUGCUGGACGAGUUGCUGAGUUGGUCUCGUAACGAGCCCAAAAAUUCGCCAACUUCAAGGUCCAAAAAGGAUAACAUGAAUGUGGACAUUUAAACUGAAGAAAACGAAAAAUCAGUACGUCAAGGUCAUUCCACAUCCGAGUCAUAAAGGUUCUUCGUAAUAUUAGAAAAUGAGGAAAAUAUGAAUGAUUGCUUUGUUGUUUUUCUACAAAUAUUCUGCCUGAUAGACCAAUGUGACGACUAAAUAGGCGAACUCAAAUCCCGUUCCUUGCUAGACGAGAACAUGUACGAACGCUUUAUCCAACAUUCAACGAAUAUUCAUUGAAAUCAAUUGAAAAUAAUCGAUUCUUACUCGCGGCCAAAAAUACAUAAAUCUUCUAAUUGUAAGAAGACACGAUGUAGGUAAAAGAAAAAAAUGAGAUAUCAUUCAGUCGAAAGUCAAUGAGGCUUAUGAAAGCGAAUUAGCACGAAUACUUCGCGAUUAAUGUUACAUGGACGACCAAAAAUGUCUUUAUAAUUCCUUUCGCACUAUAAUAGAAAACAUUUUUAUUUUUAGAUUGAUUUUUAUAGAGGAGGGAAAAAAUUCGAAGAUUAUUAAAAAUUAUUGUUUGAUUGCAUUCUCAGAAAACAUCGAAUACAUAUUCUGAUAUCUUAAAAUACAUAUCAGGUUUUAUCAUCUGCACAAGCAGAUUUAUUUCUCUCCUAUUUCAAAUUUUGAUUCCCUCUGAAAACGAGGUAUACCAUACUUAUCUCGUAAAUACUUAAAAUAAAUCUUAUCAGCCGAAGAGUAUAGAAAGUCCUGAGAAACUUCCAUUCGCAGUAUUUUCAACUUCAAAAGUAUACUCAAGUUUAGAACGCCCAAAGAAAAGUCUGAAUCUCACGAGUGACACUUGAAAUUUUGAAAAUCUCUUCACUUUUUCUAGCACCCUUUCUUUCGAAAAAAAAAAACUGUUGAAUAACUAGUACUUGAAAAUGUUUCUAAGCCUCAAUUUCAUCUACUUUAAAUCCAGCAGCAGUUUAAAAAGCUUGAAACAAAGCUGUUAUUGUGUUUGAAAAGCUUCAUAUUUCGAGGACUGAAAAACAAAUGUUUCGAAUAAUUUUUGCCCAGAUUUUAUUCGUCGAGAUUUUGCAAUGACUUCAAAAAGUCAAGAUAUCAGCGAUAAAUUCAAUUAAUAGGGAAUAUACAGCAAUGAAUAUAGUUAAUUAACCUUUAUAGGACGGGUCUGGUCGAAAUAUCGACCACUAAUUUGGUCGGGCACUUCACUCGAAAAAUUUAUCCAUUCUAUGCACAAAUUUCGUGUAAAAAAGCUCGAUUUCAACGUAAAAAUCCCGUUCUUAAAAGGUUUAAAAAAUUCAAUAACGAACAAUAAUUGUAUUUUAACCAAGUUUUAUUAUCAACUGCAACACGUGUACAACAACAUGAUAAUAAUUUAUUAAUAACUUUAGCGUGAUAGAUCUUUGAUAGCGGGUUUUACCAUUAUACAAUCGUAAUAUAUAUUUAAAUUCGGUAUUAUACAUAUAUAAACUUAUAUAUAUACAUACGAAUAUAUAUGCAUACACAUGCAUAUAUAGCCACAAUGUUACGUAUAAAAUUGUAUUCGUUAUUAAUAAAUAUAAUCUUCGAUUCGACGAGCUCGGAGUGCAGCGAUUAUA